AUGCCAAAAACCAUCUCGUGCCCCCAUGCGGGCUGCGAAUACCUCUUCUCCAAACCCGUGCAUCUCCGCCGCCAUCUCCUCUCCCACUCGGACGAGGCCAUGUGGAAAUGCCCCGACUGCGAUCAAGACUUCAAACGCAUCGACAGCUUCCAAAGACACAAGAAGCGCAUCCAUCCCGAUCAGCCCAAUCUCAUCGCCGUCAAGAUUGGCACUGGACCCAACGCAGCCGAAGAUGGCGUCAAAUCCGACGACGAUGCCGAGGAUCACAUGGAUGAUCUCGACGUCUCGAUCGCAGACGCCAGCUCCAGCCACAUUGCACGCCCAGCCAGAACUGAAGCGGAGCCGAGCUCUCUCAACGCCUACGACGCCCACUCCAACCCGUCUCCCGUCACCAACGCCAGCUAUGGCUCCAGCGCCUUCUCGCCCAAUGCAGCCUCGCGUCCUGCAGCCUCAUCCAGUUCCAAUUACUACAGAUCGCCACUCUACCAUCCGUACGCACGCAACGAUCAUGCAACGCCAUCGGCAACACCAACCCAUCCGCAGACAGCAGAGAGUACUGCAUGGCCAUCUCAGAACAGCCAGACUCAGAUGUACGACCCCGCUAGCUCAGCAGCAGCUCCGUCCGCACAAGCUGCCUCGGCUGCCAUGCCAUUCUACCCGAAUCUCUACGGUGCGCCCAUCUCGUACAAGGACUAUGGCACCGCCUCCACCCCAACUACCUCCCUUGCGCCUUCUACGAGCUUCUCACAACCCGUAUCCGCUGGUCAGAGCGCUCCUCUCUCCAUCGCUUCCCUCACAGCACCCUCCCCUUCCUGGGGUUCCAGCGCCAAUUCCGACACCGAAGGCCAAAACUUCUUUGACGAUAUUCUCCAAUCCAUUCUCAUGGACUCGAUCUCGAGCUUCGUUCCCCACGAGCCCAUGCCACCCGUCGUCGACUUCAACAGCGCCAUGGCCGGCGACGAUGGCUACAGCUUUGCUGCUGCGGAUCCAAUGUCAUCCGCGCCCUCAAUACAACCUCAGCAGCAGCAGCAUCAGCAUCAACAGCAGCAGUCCGGUCAACAGAUGCAGCAACCCACCUCACAGCAGCCGCUGCCACAGCCCGGCUCGUCCCUGCUUCCCCAACAUCAACAGCACCAGGUUCUCCAACAACCACGUCAGCACCACCUGCAAGACCCACCGUCCUCAUCUGCAACCACUUCGCAUCCUCUUCCGCAGCCACUCACCAACCUCAUGCCCUUUGCCACCUUUACCGAUUCCGCCUACAACUCGGGAAGGUCCACCCCCAACACACCGCGCAAUCCGCCAGCGGGCGCCAGUCUCGACGAUGCGGACGAGAUGACCCGCUCUGUGGAAAAGGUGGGCGACCAGGCCGCCACCAACAUUGGCGCUCGCACGCGUGAUCUCGUCGUUCACGGUGUCACGAUCCCCAAGAAGCCGCCUCGUCUCACUGCUGCUUCGCUAUUCAGUGCCGCAACACGGCACACACACGCCUUGUUACCGCUGCUUCCAUCCUACUGGCUGCUCGAUCAUCGACGGCUCGCCGCAGAGCGUCCCUACGUUUUCAUCUCGCUCCUCGCUCUAGGUACGCUAUGGCAGCCUCGCGCCGAUGUCAAGGCGUACGGUGCCGAGCUCUGGCAGCUCAUCUUUCGCAGCAUCUGGGCUGGCGCCGUGUUCUACCUCGAUCAGCCCGCACUCAUGCGCGAAGCGACCGCGGUGAAUGCCUUUACGCAUCUCUAUUCGUUCCUCUGUCGCGACGAGAGCAUCCGUCGCAAGGCCAUCCACAGCACCUACACUGGAACUUCUCUGAUCCGAGAGCAUGGCUGGCGUCAGGGCAUUUGGUUCCUCAUCGGCCCCUGGGAAGAGUCGUUGCAGCGCCUCCUGGGGCCUACGCUGCAGAUGGCGCUCAUCGAGCUUGAAGUGCUCGCGAGGGAUCAGACCACCCACAAGCUAUCUGCCGAGCAAAAGCAGCUGCUAGAGCGUCUGCAUGGCGUCUGGAAGCAGUGGUCCGACGCCGAAGAGGUGAACCGCAACAUGAUCUGCCACAGCAUCACCGAAUCGCAUCACAUCGAGUUCCUGGCUAGCUACAGCCAGAUGCGCAGCAUGGGACGCAUCGCCUGCCAAGCGCUCGUGCCUUGCGCCGACGACGUGUGGGAUGCCAAGACGUCGAUCGAGUGGGCCAAGCUGGUGCUCGAGCACAAAGCGACGCGCGAAAGCCACGAACGUGGGCUGCUGUCCGGCAAGAAGCAGAUCGGACCCAUCUUGGACGCCCUCUUUGGCAUCGAUGCGCCCUCAUCCCGUACCGCUGCCGCCGCCGCCGUCGCCAACAAUGAGGAGGAGGGCAAGGGCAAAGACAGCCAUCCCCACGCCGACAUCCGCCGCGAAUUCGAAAACAUGCUCUGUUUCACCAUCAAGGAGCACUUUGCUCUUUCGAGUUUGCUCGAAGGGCUGCACCUGCUUUGGAUCGCUCGCUAUACCCCGCCUUUCCGCACGGGCACUUCGUACGCCGCUGACUUUACGCCUGCGCAGCCCUCGUUUGCGCCGACGCUGGAAUCCAUCUUUUGCGUCAAAGGCGGCGUCACGUAUCACAAGCGAAACGUGCUGGACGCCGAGAUGAUGUUUGCAGCUCUCUCGAGAUGGAUGCGGCUGUACCACCAGUCGUACCUGCCCGAUCCGGUGGCCACCUCGACGGGCUUCAGCCGACCCACCAACGGGGACAGCAAUGGCUCUUCGCAUUCUUCUGGCGAGAAUGGUGUCAGAGCAGGGUCAAACGGAAGCAGUGCGCGACUGCCCAACCUUGGACCUAGCAACGACAAGUUCAUGCUGCAUUUUCGGUUCCAUGUCAUCCAGCUCUCGGCGCUGUUCAACUGUCAGCACGUGAUCCACGCUCUGCUGGCGACGUGCGGGGAGAAUGGCGAUCUGAACGGCGUCGGAGCGUCGAACGGGGCCAGGGGCAGCACGGCGGGACGGCGCAACAUGCAGACGUCGAUCCCUCUUCGGUGCGAGAGCUGUGUCGACGCGGAAUCGUGCGCCUAUCGCAAUCCGCGUCUUCAGCGCUGGGCGGCGUUGCACGCCGGGGCGGUGAUUGGCAACUUUAUGAGCAUGCCUCGGCUGUCGAAUCUCACCCCCACUAUCCUGGAAGGGCUAGGGCAAGCGUUUGGCAUCCUAGUCAUCCUCUGUCGGCUGGAGAGGACACCAGCGCAGCGACGGCGACCCGCAUGCGCCUGCACGCCCGACGUGCGAGAGGCAUCGGUCGAACUCAUCUCGGACCAGUGUCUCCAUCUCGACGCGGACCGACCCAGUCCUGGCGAGAGAAUCGACGAGAUGGCACGAACCAAGUUCGAAUCGAGCAACGACUGCUGGUUGCAGCACGGCACGUUGGACGAAGGCGCGACGCUGCUAGGUCAGCCGAUUCAGGAUUGGCCGUUUGUGCUGCAGGACAUGGGCAACGAGCUCAAGGGCGUAGCAGGCGCCUGGCAGACCGCCGAGGAGUUUCUGGCCGUCGCGCAAAAGAUGCUCAACAGCUUCACUUUUUAUGUCGAUUGA